AUGCCCGCGCUGGACGCGGCGUUCGCGUCUUCGCUCGCGACCGGCGGAGGCGGCGGCGGCGACGUCUCCGCGGUGAACGCCAAGGCGAGGGGCGUCGACGUCGUGGACGCGUCCUUCGCGGCGCGAUGCGCCGGCGCGACGCGCGUGGACGUCGCGGACAACGUUCUCGGCGGCGACGCCGCGAAGUGCGCGGCGUCGCUGAGUGUCCUCGCGGGGAUGAAGCGGCUGAAGCACUUGAACCUCGCGAACAACGAUCUGCCGCCGGGCGCGCUCGCGGCGUUCGGCGGCGCCGGCGGCGGCGGCGACGCGGCGGCGACGACGAAGACGAAGAAGAAGCGUCGCGACGACGAAAACAAAAAGCGCGAGCGCGCCGCCGCGGACGAUGACACAGCUGUCACCGCGCUGCGCGUCCUGAACGUCAGCGGCAACCGCCUCGACUCGCUCGACGGCAUCGAGUCGCUGACGAACCUCGCGGCGAUCAUCGCGAACGACAACGCGAUCGAAUCGCUCGCGCCGCUGCGAGGGCUGAAAGCGCUCAACACCGUGGUGCUGUCGUCGAACGCGGUCGACGCGAUCGCCGACGAGCUCGCCUCGGGCGCGUCCCAAUGUCACACUGGUUCCCAUACGACCACGUUCGCGUGGUGA